GCUCGAUAAGCAAAGUCGUUUCCCCAGCAAGAACAUCUACCACCUCACUACCUUAUAUUAACAAUGUCUGGACGCGGCAAAGGUGGGAAGGGACUCGGAAAGGGUGGCGCCAAACGCCACCGCAAGAUUCUUCGUGACAACAUCCAGGGUAUCACCAAACCUGCCAUUCGUCGUCUCGCUCGUCGUGGUGGGGUGAAGCGUAUCUCCGGUCUCAUCUAUGAGGAGACCCGUGGUGUCCUGAAAAUCUUCCUUGAAAAUGUCAUCCGAGACUCCGUCACCUACACGGAACAUGCUAAGCGUAAGACCGUUACUGCGCUCGAUGUGGUCUACGCCCUGAAGCGCUCUGGUCGUACUCUGUACGGCUUUGGUGCCUAAACUAUAUUCAUGUCAUUCCAUUAUAAUUUAUGUCUACGCUCGAUUUGUAACACGAUGUAAUAUGACUCAGACUUUUGAAUUACGGUUUAUAGUGAUUCGUUGCCUUCGUCCAUUUGAAUGCCGGGUGAUCACGUCAAUGCUUUUAUCGAUAAACACGACCAUCGAAUGGGCAGGCACUGAGGUGUAUACGAGAGUGAUUGGUUGAAUGUUGUCCUAUCUACUGUAAGCAUGAUUGGGUCAUGCCGCCUGUUGCCCGAGAACCUAUAUAUUUAUGCACUCUGCGUC